GUUUUAAGAAUCAGAAGAUAGAUAGAGAAAAAGAGAAGAAGAAGACAGAUGAUGAUACAGAGAGAAAGAGAGAGUAGUUGGCCCAGCGGAUCGACGUCGACGAUGAUGAUGAUAAUGAUCUGAUUCUCUUCUUUAAGCUUUCUUCUUCUUCUCUCUCCCAUAGUCUCUCCUCUUAGAUUUUCUAUCUCCCUCUCUCUCUCUCUCUCCGCUUCUUAUUUUUAGUAUUAUCUCAGAAACCAAAAAAAUUAAAACACUUUUUUAAAAUAUUUUAUCUCAUUUGUAUAAUUUUUGUCGCCGAUUUGGGAGUUAAGUGUAAUUAAGCGAGAUUAGAGAGGAGAGGAGGAUGUGUGUCGUCGUCUGAGAAGUAGAGGAAUGGGAGAAACAGUUCAUUGUGGAAGCUUCUUACCCUCAAUGAGGGAUUUAAGUGAAGAUUCUAAUACUUGUAGCUUUUCAAUGUUACAUUCUAAUGGUGAUCAAAAUUUGCCAUUUGGGAAGUAUCAGAAUGGUUGUUGUUUCUCGGCGAGACCUCCUGCGACAGAUUCUUACGAGAGAGAUUUUUUAAAACAAACAAUGCUUCAACACGAAGCUGUUUUUAAGAAUCAGGUUUAUGAACUUCACCGUUUGUAUAGGACACAGAAGAGUUUGAUGGAUGAAGUUAGGGGAAAGAACAAUGAGCCUACACCGGAAAAUGCGAUUAAACGAGGAUUUCUUUUGGGAAACUCGAUAUGCGGUGAAGGUGGUAGCUCUCCAGCUUGUAAUGUUUCUAUGCAAAAUGGGAAGGAUGUGCUAGAGGUUAGACCUGUGAAGCUCAGGAGAACAAUGAUUGAUCUUCAACUUCCCGCAGAUGAGUAUCUCGAUAGAGAGAGUGAAUAUACGACUUGUCCUCCUUAUGAGCAGUCAAAACAAGUUGGUGAUGGAAAGUUGUUCUUUGAAAGAGGCAGUGCUUCUUCUCAUCGGAACGAUUCUUCUUUGGUUUUGAAGAAACCAAAUGGAUUUACUGACUUGAACGAGCCUGUCCAUUGCCAAGAAUCAGUUCCUCUUUCUUCUUCCGGGGACAUAUAUUCUCUUUAUGGAAGAAACAUUUCACAUGUGCAAGGCCAGUGGUUGGAAGAAAAUGCAAGUCAAAAUGGAUGGAUGGUUCUACAAGCAGGGAGCGGAAAAAGCACUCCAAGAGACAAGUUAUGCCUGCCUUCCCAUUCGGUACAAGUUCAUUCUAACGGUGCAUUUCAACCUCUGGGCUACCCUUCAACUGACCAUAGGAAGUUAUCCGGCGAAAGAGCAUCUUUUGAAUGGGAAGCUCCUCAAAGGAAUCCUGAAGUUUCGUAUGAUAGCUAUGUGGAUUCAAGUGUGGCAUCAAAUGCUCCAAGCUUGAAUCAUGGCUACCGCCCUGAAUCUGUCAGACCUUGGAGCCAUUGGAUUUCAUCUUGGGAGAACCGAAGUAGCAGCUCAGAUCAGAAACCCCUGCCACUGCAAGCGAAUCCAUUCUUGAAUUUUACUACACAAGCAAGAGCAGACUCAAGUGCGGAGAUGAGAAGCCGUGAUUCUAACGGGCUUAACCAAGGAUUCUCUUCAGUGUCGAAGGAAUCUGCCUUUAAUUUACCAUCAGGAAACUUUAAUCAUCUUAACAAUGGCCCAAAAGGGACUGUUACUAAUGGUUCUUUGAGUGAGAGUGUGAAGCAUCGGAGUCUUGAAAACCUUCAAGGACCAAAAAAGCAGGAGUGCUCUGCUGGGUUGCCCUCGAUAAAACCUAUGCCCAUUAACAAAAAUGGAAUAACCAAUGGCGGUUUGGAUUUGAAUGCUUCUGCAAAUCAUCAAUUCAUGGAUGGAAGUGAUAUGGGUGACAGCUCAAAUAAUGUAUCUCCUCAGAAUGGUUUGAGGUCUGUUUCAUGUUCUAAUGACGCCAACUUGAGACAUGUUGAAAUGGCCAAUUCACAGAGCAGUAGAAAGAUUCUUGGUUUCCCUAUCUCUCAGAAGCAUUCUAUUUGCAAGGAGCACCCUUCCCUUAUCACUUCUUCUGUGUGUAUCUCUAAUGAACCCAAGAAAGUAAACACCUUGGUGAAGAGAAACCUCGAUAUUAACCUGCCAUGUGAAACCUCGGUUUCUGAAGCAGUUGUUCUGGACAAGGAAGAAGGUAAAAAAGCUGCCACUCACAGGCAGCACAUUGACUUGAAUUUCUGUGCUAGCGAGGAUGAAGAUUCUGGCUUGUGUUCUAAUCCAAGAAUGGAAACAAAAGCAACUACUUUGAUAGAUUUGGAAGCUCUCCCGACUCUUGAGAAUGAAGAUGAAGUAGCGAAAUGUCCAGUGAACAGAGCUGCAGACAUUUCAGGGUUAGAGAAAGGUGAAGCUGGAGAUUCUUUGGAUGAACUCAUUGAGGCAGCAGCAGAAGCUAUCGUCACUAUCUCACUGUCUUACCAUUGCCGGAAUACUGAUGAAGCUGCUUCCUCUUUGACUGAUGCAGUUGCCAAGGACCCGCUCUCUUGGUUUGUGAACAUAAUAGCUUCUUGUGGCAAUGAUUUAGAGAAAAAAAUUGAUGCUUGUUUGGAAGCCAGAGAUUCUGAAGGCUGUCAUGAAGAAUAUUCUUCAGGUGAGUUUGAUUAUUUCGAGACAAUGACUCUGAACUUACUCCUGACCAAAGAAGAAGACUACAUGCCGAAGCCUUUAAUUCCGGGAUAUCUGAAAUUUGAUGGGACGGGUUCUGUGGGUAUCACAACAAAUAGGCCAAGAAGAGGACAAGCAAGACGAGGAAGACCAAAGCGGGAUUUUCAAAGGGAUAUUCUCCCUGGGCUUGCUUCUCUGUCUAGGCUCGAAGUAACCGAAGAUCUUCAGAUGUUUGAGGGACUUAUGAAAGCCACAGGCUACAAUUGGAACUCAGGAGUGGCCCGAAGGAGCUCAAACCGAGGAAGAAAACGAAUGGUCAGCAACAUUGACAGAGCUCCGGUUUGCUCGUCUUUGGCGCAGCCAAUGAAUAACAGUAGUGUACAAAUGGUGGGACUGGAAGAUAGGAGCCUUACAGGAUGGGGAAAUGCAACUAGAAGGCCGAGGCGACAAAGGUGCCCUGCAGGUACUCCCCCAACAGUGAUAUUAACAUAAAAGUUUUUCUUGAAACAAAACCGAUUUGAGGAACAUUAUAGAGGGAAAAAGAACCCGAGAAAGUAACAAUGAACAAAGACUGAUUCAGCGAUCGAUGUUUUAUUAUUUUCAAUCACCUCACCCCAUGUUUGUGGGUGUUGGUUGCCCUUUGUAUAUCUUGUCCUCUCUCAGAAGGGCCAAAGAAAAGAAAAACAUGAUUGAUUUGUAUUAAGCUGGUUGGUUAUUACAAAAUCUGCAACUCUUUUUUCUAUUGGGUCAAUAAAGAAUAUAUAU